CCGAGGUAACGAGCCAGCUACUGACAGGAAGUGAUGUUGAGUAUCAUAUCGAACCAUGACAACUACCUAUGACAGGAAGCUUUAGCCACAGGGAGGAAAUGAGAGAACAGCUUCGGAAGAGCUGAGGGGGCACACAGCAUUCAAGAUGAAUUUAGAGUUAUAGAGACAACCUUCAGUAUGAAGACCGGGGGGGACCAUUUUUGCUGGCAACUGCAGUGAAAACCAUGGACGGAGGUGAAAAGCCCCACGAUUUCCUUGAGGAAGAUGGCGACGCUUGGGCUCCAGUACAGCGAGAGCGCUCCUUUACCACUGGGUCACUGUCUGAGAGCUCGGGGCUGAAAAGGAGGAAACAUGGAGACAAUUUACCAGCCCAGGUCACAGAUGAAAAGGAACCCAGUAACAAGAGGGUUAAGCCUGUCGCCAAGUCAUUAUUGACCAAUAGUACACCGCAGCAAAUGAAAGUCACCCCACUGAAGAAACUCAGCUUAUCCAUCCAGCGUUCUAUAGGCUACUGCAAUGACAACCGUCUUUUCAGCUUUUCCCCACGUACGCGGAGUAGAGAUUCAGCAUCAGCUAAGAAGAGAAGCAGCAAGUUGUGGAGUGAGACCUAUGAUGGUGCACGGGAGGAGCUGUCUGCCCGGGAGAUCAAACGUCAGGAGGUGAUCUUCGAGCUGAUGCAGGGGGAGCACAUGCUGAUAGAAGACCUCAACCUGGUCAAGAAGAAUUACUAUGAGCCCAUGCUAAAACUGGCAAUCAUGAGUGAAGAGGAGCUGAAGCAGAUAUUUGGCAUCCUGAACACUUUGCCCUCACUGCACCAAGAUCUCUUGGACCGCCUGAUGAAGUUACGCCGUGAGGAUGGAACGGUGGAUCAAGUGGGGCCAACAAUGCUGGAUUGGCUUCCUUGUCUCCAAUCCUACAAGACUUACUGCUGUAACCAAGUGUCUGCCAAGGCCCUGCUGGACCACAAGAGGAGGAGCCAGGCCGUACACAACUUUCUACAGCUAUGCCAGGAAUCGGCCUUCAGCCGUAAACUAGAUGUGUGGAGCUUCCUCGACCUGCCCCGGAGGCGGCUGGUGAAAUACCCGCUUCUGCUGAAGGAGAUAUUAAAGCACACGAUGGUGGAUCACCCGGACCAUGGACCCCUCAGCCAGGCUGUGAGUGUCAUCCAGACCAUUAUAAGCCAGAUAAACAGCAAAGCUGGGGAGGCAGAGUGUGAAUAUUACAAGAAAAGGUUAACCUAUCUGUACGAGAGUCAGAACGAAGAGGACGUGUCACUUUCUCGGAUCCUGCACUGCCAUGGAGAGCUGAAGAGCAACAAAGGCCAAAGGCUUCACGUAUUCUUGUUUGAGAGCAUCUUGGUCUUCACGCGCCUAGUUACCCACAAUGAUCAACCUCAGUUCCAGGUCUAUCGUCAGCCCAUCCCUCUACCAGAGUUGGUGUUGGAGGACCUCCCUGAUGGUGAAGUGCGAGUUGGUGGCUCCAUCCGAGGAGCUUUUACUGCGGCCAAUGAAAAAGCCAAAAACUUUUUCCGGGUGAGUUUCCGGGACAGAUCAAGAGGACAAGCUCACACUCUACAAGCUAACGACUCGUUCAACAAACAGCAGUGGGUCAGCUGUAUACGACAGGCCUUGGUGGCAAGCAGAGAGCAAAGGAGUACCCGCCUCCAGGCACAGGAGAAUUCUGGUACUUUUAUAGACAUUUCUGACCUGAGCCUCAACUGCUACGAGGACAGCAACAAGAUGGAGGACAAGUAAAAGGUGGAGAGGCAAUUGCGCCACUCUGGUAUGGAAAUGUGGUCAGUAAGAGACAAUCUGA